GGAACAAUUCUUGGAGGAUGCAGAAGAAAAGUCGGAUGAAGAAAGUUGUAGCACAGCGUGAUGGCGCUGUUCCUGGGCAUUUCCAGGGUGUUGUUUAGGAGCGUUAAAGACCUGAGACUCCUGACGGCUAAAAGACACCGAGUGAAAGGAAAAUGGGCGACCACACGUCCCAAGCACCUUCCCACCAGACUGGCUCUGCAGCACUUUGAUGCCACCUACAGUGUCCAGCUGGGACAGCUGUGGCCCUCAGUCCGAGUGGCCCUGCUGUCAGAGAGAAAGUAUGGGGCCCUGUUCAAUAAUUUCUCCAAUAACCCAGAUCUGGAAAAACUCCAAGCUCAGGGAUGCAGAGACUUUAUUAGCAACGGAGAGGAUCCAACAUCCUCUGAGCACAACUUUGAGUUUGGGGCUGAAGAAGACUCCAGCAGUGUGUCUACAGUGAGUUCUCAUGUUGAUAGUCAGCAGCAGUCUCCUCUAGGGCUCAGUCCUAAUAUAAAGUGCUUAGUUUUUCCAAGAGGAGACAUCACACGGUUCAAGCCUGCAAGACCAGACAAGUUCAGCCUGUUGAGUUACUACUUGAUGGACGCAGCGUCCGUAUUGCCUUGUCUCGCGCUGGGUGUUCAGAAGAAUCACACGGUCCUUGAUCUCUGCGCCGCUCCAGGUGGAAAGGCCCUGGCUUUACUACAGACUCAGUCAGUCAGGUUUUUGUGUGUAAAUGACUCAUCUGUGUCUCGAACGUCUCGAUUAAAAAGGGUUUUGCACAGCUACAUUCCUAAACCGCUUCUGACCGAUGACACACUGCGCAUCACGUCGUUUGAUGGCACCAUGUGGGGGGAGAUCGAAAGGAACUCUUUUGACAGAGUACUGGUUGACGUUCCCUGCACCACAGACAGACAUUCCCUCAUGGAGGACGACAACAAUAUAUUCAGCAGGAGCCGGGUCGGAGAAAGGCGAAGCCUGCCACAGCUGCAGGUGGAGCUUCUGCUAGCGGGAAUCAUAGCUGCUUGUCCUGGAGGGGAGAUUCUGUAUUCCACCUGCACCCUUUCUCUCAACCAGAACCAGGGUGUGGUUGAACAAGCGAUACAGCUAGCUGAAGAGAACCAUGGUAUCCAGCUUCAGGUUGUCAGUCUCCGACCUCUGGUGCAGAAGUUUCGGAAUACUUUUCACUUUGCUCCUGACCUCCACCUGGGUGAGAUGGUCAUCCCACACUUAGUUGCUAACUUUGGACCUAUUUACCUGUGCAAGCUAAGGAGACUCAUAUAAACUCUGCUUUGUGGACAUAAAAUGCAAAGAAGGACUGCUUACUUUAUUUCCAGAUCCUCUUUAUCUGUACUGGUUAGAAAAUCCCUCAGGUGAAGGAUCUGGUCUUCGGGUUUACUGGACUUUAUUUGCAGUAUGCUUUUUCUCCUGUAGAUGUCCACAGUAGCUAAAGAGUAAACAUGUCUUCUUUAUUAUUUGGCCACUGGAGGGCACUAAUAAUAUCAAGGUUGGAAGAUCUCCUGGAUUCAUGUCCCCCUGUCAGGAAACACAUUUCCAUCAGGGUCCCAUCCUGACUGUAACUGCAGUGAAAAUAGUUCUGCUCUGUUCUGUUAUUCAUCAGGUUUCAUGACUUUGCUGAUAAUGCUGCAUGUAUGUAUGUAUCUAUGGAAGAAGAUAAUGAAAAGGCAGGCAAUAACUUAUUUGACCACUUGGCUUCUCACAUCUGAAUCUGUGCUACUUCCAUUACUAUAGCAGGUCUGAUUCCAUUUUGCAUCAGCAUCAGUCAGAGUUGAGGCGCUUCCUCUUAUCACCACCUAAUGUGAGCGUACCGGGGCCUCUUCUGCUAUCAAACCGCCGAUGACCCUGGGUGUUGUCCUGGCCAGGCAAUGUACCGUGAAAAAGGUGUGUGUCUUUGUGUGUGAGAAUGUAUAUCUAAUACUGUAUAUUUGUGUGUCAGAUGAAUCCACAUCUCAUUGUCGUUAAGCUGCUCCGCAUGCCGGAGCCACGCGGAGACGUGUGGCAGCCAUGCGGCUCCCAGAUGAACAUUAAAGAGGCAGCACAGAGCUAAAAUGGGACGGCUCGCCCUGUCUUGCCCCUCCGCUUUUGUAUUCCACAGAUGAGUGCAGAUAAUUUUCUGUGCGAUUGUGAGUGAUUACUGUAUUACUGUGGCAAAAGGGGGAUGUAUCGGGGAAAGCAGAGGGAAUUAAUGACACAUAAAAACUAUUUUUGUACUGACUGCGUUCGUCCCCAGGCCCUCGGAUGGCUCUUCGCACAUCUUGUGAUUACCUAAACGUAUUGUAAAUAUGUGUUUCCGAUGGGCUCCUCCAUAAAUUUACAUGUUUUAGCACUCAGGAGAUGGCAGACAGUAAGAAAUGAGUUACUCUCUAUUCUGGCUGGCAGACUCGACUGGCUGCCUGCUUUAUUAUUGAAUUAGCCAAUGAAGCGCUGUGCAUUUGUGUCCAUGUGUGUAAGCCUUUGUUAUUGAGACAUGCUGUGUAUUAAAAAGAUGAAUAUUAUGGAUUUAA